CGCGCGGCGACUCGCAGGAGUAUGUCAACAUGGCGUUGCGAGAUGCGUUACGGAUAUCGACUAGCCUUCGUGUAUUUCUUCUACUCCGCCGAAAAUCGUUCACUCGCUUGUUGCUAAAUCAUAAAAUCGAUAGGGCAUUAAGUCGAAGCGUACCCGCCGCUAGUUUGCUGCAAGGAAAACCUCAAGCUCGCAAAGACAUCACCAUAUUAGGUGCUAACGCAAAGAGCGCGCAUACUUCGCUUUCGUUUGAAGAUCACACCGAGGCUUAUCGCAGUAAGUCAACAUGGGAGAUUCUCCGAGCGCUUGUCGUCUUCAGGAUGUGUUGUUAUGAUUACUUGGUCGACAAUAAUGCACAGCUGAUGAAGCUGGGCAGGUGGAUAUUUGGUAAGCGGCUGUUCGAGUUGGGUCUCCGAAUGACCAUGUAUGGUCACUUUGUCGCUGGAGUGGAUCAGGAUGAGAUCAAGCCGGUGUUGAGCAAGAUGAGACAGUACGGGGUAAAGUCGAUCAUGGACUACAGCGCGGAGGAGGAUCUAUCGGCAGAGGAAGCUCAGACGGCCGAGAUAGAAGGUAUUUUGCCGAAUGCGGAUCAAAAAGAAUCCACUUUCUACACGGAGAGAUACGCGGCACAUCCCGAGCUGGGAGACAGACGAGAGAACGUGAUCAGUGCGAGAACGUACUUCUAUCUCAACGAGGCGCAGUGCGAGAAGAACACUGAGAUCAUUCUCAAUUGCAUCGAUGCAGUGUCGGGUGCGACGAGUGGGACCGGCUUCGCCGCUGUCAAGGUCACGGCGCUGUGCCGGCCGCAUCUGCUCAUGCAGCUCUCGCAGAUUGUUGUUCGCAUGCGCGAGUUUUUCAGACUGCUCACGGGCGACAAGUCGUACAACAUCUUCCAGGAAAAUGUCCCGCGAAUAAAGAGGCAGCAGUUCACCGACAAGAUGAAGGAGUUGGGAAUCCCCAUCACUGAAGAGAAGUGCAAUGAGUUCUUCACGAUGAUGGAUGUUGAUCAGAAUGGUGAGAUAGGUUUGUUUGAGUGGGAGCGAUUGCUCAAGCUCAAGGUCAAGAUGUCCCAAUACUUUAUGCUGCCGAAUGCUGAGACAGGUAAGCUGGAGCCCAUCAUCGCGCCUCUGUCAGAUGACGAGGAGGAGGCUUUCAUCAACAUGAUGCGCAGAUUGAAUCUCAUCGUCGAGAGAGCGAGGGAGCGUGAUGUGCGCGUCAUGAUAGACGCAGAGCAGUCGUACUUCCAGCCGGCGAUCAAUCGACUUUGCAUUGAGAUGAUGCGCAAGUUCAAUACCGACAAGUCUGUGAUAUUCAACACGUAUCAAUGCUACCUGAAGGGUGCAUACGACAGUAUAAAGAUGGAUCUUGAUUUCGCCAAGCGUUCCAACUUCUACUUUGGAGCAAAGAUUGUGCGCGGUGCCUACAUGGAGCAGGAGCGCGCGAGGGCGCAGUCGCUCGGCUACGUCGACCCGAUCAACGCCACCUAUGAGGCGACGAACGCGAUGUACGAGCGCGUUGUCGACACGUGCAUGCAGCAUGUGCGCGGCCGCGGCUUCCAGCAGGUGGCAAUCAUGAUGGCAACGCACAACGAGAACACCGUGCGCAUGGCCAUACAGAAGAUGCAGGAAUAUGGCAUUGGUCCCCAGGACAAGGUCAUCUGCUUUGGGCAACUACUAGGCAUGUGUGAUCAGGUCAGCUUUAGCUUAGGUCAAGCCGGCUACUCUGUGUACAAGUACGUGCCUUACGGUCCCAUAGAGAAAGUGCUUCCGUACCUCGCGCGGCGAGCGCAGGAAAACAAGAGUCUGCUCAAGGGCGCCGUCAAAGAGCGGCGCAUGCUCUGGUUGGAGCUGAAGCGACGGUUGCGCCACCUGGAGAUAAGUGCACGGCCUCCGCUCGCGCUACCGGCAGCGCCCCCUGUGUCACAGGCGACGCCGACGCACUAGCGAUGUGUGCGGGGGUGUCGCGUGAAAUAGUUGAUGCGUGUCUCUUUUAUGCAUUUCGUUAGGGGGGGGGGGAGAUUUCCUCUGUUUACUUGCAGAGACAAAUGGAGACUAGAUUCCCUCUCCUCCUUAGCUGUAUAGUAUUCUCUAACACUCCUGUCCACAGGCACUUGAAGCGUUUCAAUAAAAUAUAAUACGAAAUCUAUUUACUACCAAAUUAUUAAUGUUUCUAUACUCUCUUUCACCUAUUAUUGCCGACAGUUUUGUGUAAAUUCCGUCCAAAUCCUUUAUGUGCAACACACGCUACCGGCCGCAAUUCCUCACGCUGCACACUGACACUUAAAUAUAUAGUUUAUAUAUAUACAAGAAUUUGGUAGUAAAUAGAUUUCGUAUUUAUUUAGCAUUAUAUUUUAUUGAAACGCUCCAGUGCCUCUGCUCCUGUCCUUCCAUGUACUGUGCAACUACUACUGAAGCUUGCUCAAGCGAUGGCAACCGUAUUGUUAGUGUAAAUAGACGUGUUCGGGUUGGAGUGGUGCAUAUUUUAUUCGUAUCGUUGGUUAUUUCGCAAUCGUUGCGGAUAUCAUAAUAUCCGGUAGUUUAUUAGUAGUGCUGUAUCAGGAAGUGUUGCAAAGAUGCUUUCCCUUGCACAACCCUGUUAAAAUAGUUGUGACUAACUAGCUUAUUGCAUAUAUGUAAAAUAUUUGCGAUGUUUAGCCUUUGUUUAGUUGUUUAUGUGCCAUAGUUUAGUAUGGUAUGGAGCUAUAGUUAGAAAUCAUUUUUACUAGCUAAUAGGCGAGUAGAAGGUUAGGCAUGAGAGUAGGUCACGUAUGUCGUGACAAAGAGGGAAAUAAACUCAAUGUUACCAUACUUCAUAAAGAAUCUCGCAGCUAUCUGAUAUAAUCAUAAUCGGAAUAUAUUGUAUAUGUAUAUAAUAUAUAUAUAUAUAUAUAUAUAUAUAUAUAUAUAUAUAUUUAUACAUGUACAAUAUAUUCAAUUUAUGACUAUAGGAUGUAGACAUACAUAAUAACACACUAUGUAUGCUUAUAUUUGAAUAUUGUGCAACAAGGAGACCUUGGCAUUAAUAUAAUAGUUUGGCUCAUAGAUUAUAGCAUUAUAGGAUAGAAAUAGAAAUCAUUAAAAGAAAAAUAUAUAGUGGAAGCGGGAAUAAGCGUGAAUGAGAGAGAAAAGAAAGGCAGAUAGAGAGGGGGAGAGGUACAUCAAUUAAUUGCUUACAAUAACGAGGUUUAAUGUAAACAAGCAAUAACAUAAUUGGUUUUAGUAAUUAUGUAAAAUAGUAAGCUACUCUUGGAAAGAAAUAAACUAAAUAAAUAAUAAUAAUAA